ACUAACAAUUAAAAAAUUCCAUCUAUAUGAUUAAAGUCAGCAUAGUGUAACAGUGAUUUAAUUCCCUUUUUUUUUUCAUAUGAUGUUGGGAAAAUUAUGUCCUCUCGUUAAUUUCAUAUUUGGUUGUCUCUGAUAUUAAAUUAUACAUGGCGCAAUAAACCUACUGAUGUACUUGGAUUAUUUUGUGUAGAUUACAGAUUUUGGACUUGCCUUAUAUUUCCCAGAUAAUGUUACUCACCUUUCCAAAUCGAACAAUGAGGGAACUAAAGUGCAAGGGAUCAAAUUACACAAGCUGCGGAUGGACAAUAUACAACUUUUAUUGAUUCCAAAUUACAAAGUUAUAAUGAAGAAGAGAUGCAAAGGAUGAUAUCUUGUGCUGCACACUGUGUUUAUAAAUCUUCAAACUAUCGUCCGAGAAUGAAAGAGAUAGUUCUAGCUCUCGAAGGAUAUAUUCCUCCUAACUCUAUUGACAACCUCCUCCAGCCUAUGGUGCAAAAGCUUCCUAUCAUUUCAGAAAUUGAUGAUGACGACACUGUGGGGUUUCAAGUUUGUAAGCCAAGGAUAUUUACUUAUCAACAACUUGAACGGGCAACUCAAGGUUUCUCCCAAUUUCUUGGUGAGGGUGGUUUGGGUCUAGUUUAUAAGGGAUCCCUAGAUGGCAAAGAUGUUGCCGUAAGGAAGCUUAAAAAUCUUCUAGAUGAACAACAAAAAGAAGAAUUGGAGCAGGUGAUUAAGGUUAUUGGCAGUGUGAGCCACCCAAGUCUUGUUAAGCUGGUUGGGUACUGCAUUGAAGGACCCAAUAGAUUUCUUGUUUUAGAGUUUUUCCCCAGUAACUCAUUGAAAUCUCAUUUACAUGGAAAGGAGACAUUGGCAUGGUCAAAGAGAAUGAAAAUCGCUAUAGACUCUGCAAAAGGGUUGGAAUAUCUCCAUGAAGUUAAAAUCAUACAUGGGGAUAUCAUGACAAAUAAUAUUCUUCUUGACAACAAUUUUAAGCCAAAGGUUGUGAAUUUCGGACUUAUCAUGUUUUAUAGAUACGGCAGAACUGAUGCUUAUGCAGAUCCAGAAGAACAUAAACAAAUAUCUAAAAAAUCAGAUAUUUAUGCUUUUGGUAUUGUGCUUUUAGAACUGAUUACUGGGAGAAAAGCUAAGGAUAAAUGUGUUAAUAUUGUUGAUUGGGCAAGCACCCUAAUAAAACCAGCUUUGAUUAAUGGAGAUUACACGGCUCUUUUUGAUUCUAAAUUGCAAAGCAAUUUCAAACAAAGAGAAAUGGAGCGGAUGAUUUGUUGUGCUGCUGCUUGUGUAUAUAAACCUUUAAAGUUUCGCCCACAAAUAAAAAAGAUAGUUGGAGUUCUUCAAGGAAGUAUUCCUCUCAAGGACAUAUGGAAUGAGAAUGACAAUCAAUUCCUACAAAGUACUAAUGGUACAUUUCUUAUGAAAAAGAAAAUGGCCAAAGAGGGACAAGUGAUUGCCUGCCACACCGUACAGGAUUGGACCGAGCAGGUCGAGAAGGCACAGAAGAGCAAGCAACUGAUCGUGGUGGAUUUUACUGCUUCCUGGUGCCCGCCUUCUGUUUUCAUGAGUCCAAUUCUGGCAGAGUUGGCCAAGAAUAUGCCCAAUGUCACAUUCUUGAUGGUGGAUGUGGAUGAAUUGAGGUCUGUUGCCUUUGAUUGGGCAGUUGAGGCAUUGCCAACUUUUUUGUUAUUGAAAGAAGGAAAAAUAGUUGGCAAGGUUGUGGGUGCCAACAAAGAGCAACUGCAGCUGACCAUUGCAAGGCAUGUCCACAACCAAUUCCUACAAAGUACUAAUGCAAAAACAGAGAAAAUGGCCGAAGAGGGACAAGUGACUGCCUGCCACACCGUACAGGCUUGGACCGAGCUGCUUGAGAAGGCACAGAAGAGCAAGCAACUGACCGUGGUGGAUUUUACUGCUUCCUGGUGCCCGCCUUCUGUUUUCAUGAGUCCAAUUCUGGCAGAGUUGGCCAAGAAUAUGCCCAAUGUCACAUUCUUGAUGGUGGAUGUGGAUGAAUUGAGGUCUGUUGCCUUUGAUUGGGCAGUUGAGGUAUUGCCAACUUUUUUGCUCUUGAAAGAAGGAAAAAUAGUUGGCAAGGUUGUGGGUGCCAACAAGGAGCAACUGCAGCUGACCAUUGCAAGGCAUGUCCACAACCUCCAACCUACGGUAUCCAAGUCUGCUAUCAUUCCAGAAACCAACAAUAUCAUUAUGCCAGGGCAAUUUCCCAAUCAACAAUGGGCAACCGCAACUAAUCAUGGUUUCUCCAACAACGGCAUUUGGACGUCUCAAGUUCACAACCCGCAUAUGUUUUCUUAUCCCACAACGGCAACUAAUAAUGGUUUCCCCGUUGACAUGCCAGGAACUCUGUAUACUAGCAUUAAGUGGUCUCAAGGUGGCACUCCGAACGAGUUCACUUAUGAAACAAUUUAUCAUUAUAAUUAUCCUUAUUAAGUAAGAUUAUUUAAGUGUAGUUAUUAAGUGGAUGAACAAGAGAAUGGUUUUGCCUCUGAGUUUUCAGUAUGCAUUUAAUAACAGCAUUGUGAAUUUAAGGAA